AUGCCCACCUACAGACUGUUCUUCCAUCAAGCCAUGGCUGGGAUGGCACUGCUCGUAGCUCUCUGGCUCCUGAUAUCUCAUCUCUUGUUCUCGAGCAGGGUAUGGGGUACUGGGAUGUGGUCCCUGAGUGGAGCCUUCCAGCCAGGCUCUAAGAUCACCGUCCUCAUCUGGCACUGGCCCUUUAACAAGUCCUUACCAUUAGAUGGUGAUGUCUGUGCUCACUAUGGUAUGGUCAAUUGCUGGCUCAGCACCAACCAUAGCCUCCUCAGCCAGGCCAGCGUCGUUGUCUUCCAUCACCAUGAACUCCAGAAUGGGGCUGCCCGGCUGCCUUUGGCUCACCGCCCCCUUGGGCAACCUUGGGUUUGGACCAACCUCGAGUCGCCAAGCAAUACUCACGGGCUUUCCCGUUACCGUAACAUUUUCAAUUGGGUCAUGACCUACCGGAGGGACUCUGACAUCUUUGUGCCUUAUGGAGAGCUGGUGCCCCGGGAUGGGCCCGCUCCCCCUGUGCCAGCCAAGAACCGUACUGCCGCCUGGGUCAUCAGUAACUACCGGAAGACCCAGAAGCGUGUGGUAGUAUACAACCAGCUGUCUAAACAUCUUCAGGUGGAUGUGUUUGGCCGUGCCAACAGGAAGCCACUCUGCCCUGACUGCCUCUUGCCCACCCUUGCGCCUUACCGAUUCUACCUGGCAUUUGAGAACUCUCAGCACCAGGACUAUAUCACUGAGAAGUUAUGGAGAAAUGCUCUGGGUGCAGGGGUCGUGCCUGUGGUACUAGGUCCUCCUCGGUCUACCUACGAGGCUGUUUUGCCAGCUGAUUCCUUUAUCCAUGUGGAUGACUUCAGCUCAGCCCAGGAACUGGCCACCUUCUUGAAGAGCAUGAAUGCCAGUCGUUACCAGAGCUUCUUUGCAUGGCGUGAAAGGCUAGCUGUGCGGCUCUACAGUGACUGGAGGGAGCGCUUCUGUGGUAUUUGUGCCCGCUACCCCCAUCUGUCCCAGGACCAGAUCUACAGAGACUUAGAGGCCUGGUUUAAAUCAGGAUGACCAGGGCCAACCUGGCUAGCUGCUAAAUUCUUCCCCAACCAUAAAGGUUAUGGUGAA